GCCUUCUGCAAACCCUUCUCCCUUCUGCAAACCCUACUCUCUCGCUCGCUGCCUCGCGGCUCGCCCUCGCCUCUCGCGUCGCCCUCGCCUCUCGCUUGACGCUUGCUUGCUCGCGGCUCGCGGCUCGCCCUCGCCUCUCAGUCGGUAGCUGGGGAGGUCGCAUCUAUGGCUACUGGCUCUGGCUCUCUAACUCUUGCUCUCGCUGGGUGACUGGGUCGCUUGCCUCUCUGCAUUGCCAUUGGGACACUUUGGUUCAAUCUUUGAGGGUUGGUUCAAUCUUUGGUGUUGUGUCCUGUUCGGGUUCAAAUUCAAUACUGGUAAGAAAAAAAUCUUUUGGCCUCUGGCCUCUGCAAACCGCCAAGCCCUUCCCCCCUGCCCUUCUGCAAACCCUUCUCCCUCCCUCGCUCUCGCUCCGUCACUCGCUCGCCCUCGCUGUUGCGCGCUAGCUCUCUCGCUCUUGCUCGCUGCGGCACUGCGGCUAACACUCAGAUCUGCUUCAUCCGAGCCCGGAUCUGUACAACUGGAAUAUAAAUGCAUAGGUACACCAUCUGAUGACCAAUCAUGAGGUUAUAUGAUGGCUGUAAGGAGGUGUUGAAGAUUCAAAAGUUCAGGAGAAUGGUAUCCUAUGCUGGGUUUUAUUGCUUUGUCACUGUCUUAAGCUAUGCUUACACGAACAACACAACCAGAGCUGGGUAUUCUAGAGCUGACCAAUUCUAUGCAUCGUACCCUGCUGGAACUGAGCUUCUAACUGACACAGCCAAGUUAUAUAAAGCUGCACUUGGAAAUUGCUUUGAAGAAGAAGAAUGGGGACCAAUUGAAUGGUGCAUCAUGGCUAAACACUUUGAAAGGCAAGGGAAAUCUCCAUAUGCUUAUCAUGCACAAUACAUGGCGCACCUUGUCUCCGACGGGCAAAUUGAUGGAAGUGGCUAGUGGACCCUCAUGGCAAGACAUCAUGCCGCCUUAAAACCGAUGGAAUUGGCUAGAGGAAAGCCUUCCGCAUAUUAUUAUUAUAACUCGAGUUUAGAUUUAUAUUUUUUGGCGAAGAUUUGUAAUAUGUAAGUUGUACUAAAGCUGAUUCAUGACCAUAUCAGGUUUCCAACGGUGAAGGUCAUUCUAUGGCAUCCACCUACUUUUUCCAAUCACAAAAUAAGGAAAUUGGGAACAUUGAUUUCUUCAUUCCUUUCUUCCAUUAAUUCCAAUAUUGCUUCCUCUUGUU